CAGGACUCCCUUGGCCCCCUUUGCCCCAGAUCCCGGACCUUGUAUCUCCAGCUUCCCCAAAGACCUUACCCUAGUCAGACAAGAGAUCCAAAGCCUGAAGCAGAUGAGAAAACUGAAGUCUAGAGACUUUAAGUGACUUAUCCAAGGUCAUAAAAGUGAAGUUUCCAGACCCUCAGGUGGCCCCAUGCUGUCCAGGACACUGAGACCACUGACUGUUGUCUUCUUCCUCCUGCUGGGACUGGGCGGCACUCUCAACCCUAAUGAUCCCAAUGUCUGCAGCUACUGGGAAAGUUACACCACCACAAUGAAGGAAUCCUACUCCCAUCCCUACACUCAACUCCCCACUGAACCCUGCAACCAGCCUUGGGGUCAUGAUCAUUCCUGCCCUCAGCCGAAGAUUGUGUACCGCAUAGCUUAUCGACAGGCGGUGAAGGUGGAUCACCGGAGGCGCCUUCGGUGCUGCCAAGGCUACUAUGAGAGCAGUGGAACUUGUGUCCCCCUGUGUUCUCAGGAGUGUGUCCAUGGCCGAUGCAUCGCUCCACAUCGAUGCCAAUGUGAGAAUGGAUGGAGGGGGGAUGACUGCUCUUCUUCUUGCCCCCUGCACUUGUGGGGCAAAAACUGCGAACGUUUCUGUGAAUGUGGCAACAACAGCACUUGUGACCCCAAGACUGGAGCUUGUGUCUGCCCUCCUGGCUUCCAGCCUCCUCAAUGCUUCCAGCCCUGCCCACCUGGUUUCUAUGGCCCUGCCUGCCUGGCCCAAUGCCAUUGUCAUGGAGCCUCCUGUGACUUCCAGACGGGGGCCUGUCACUGCCCUGCCAAUAGCACCGGGCCUAGCUGUGAGAUACCCUGUCAUCUGGACACAGUUGGCUUCUCCUGCCCCAGAAGCCAUCCCUGCCAAAAUGGGGGUAUCUACAACUCUGACCAGAACUGUACCUGCCCCCCAGGCUGGAUGGGUGCCAUUUGUUCCCUGCCCUGCCCAGAAGGCCGCUAUGGAAGGGGUUGCACCCAGGAGUGUCGCUGUCAUAACGGUGGCCAAUGCGACCCCAUCCUAGGGCAGUGUCACUGUGCUCCAGGAUACAUCGGAGACAGGUGCCGAGAGGAGUGCCCAGUGGGUCGUUUCGGACAAGAUUGUGCAGAGACUUGCGACUGCGCCCCCGGGGCCCGCUGCUACCCAGCCGACGGAGCGUGUCUGUGCGAGCACGGCUUCACCGGGGAUCGCUGCACCGAGCGCCUCUGCGAGGACGGUAGAUACGGUUUCGCCUGCCAGGCGUCCUGCACCUGUCACGCAGAACAUAGCCUCAGCUGCCAUCCCAUGAGCGGGGAGUGCUCCUGUAGGCCGGGAUGGGCUGGCCUGCAUUGCAACGAAAGCUGUCCCCCUGGCACCCAUGGGCCUGGCUGUCGAGAACCUUGCCUCUGCCUCCAUGGCGGCACCUGCCGGGCAGAAAGUGGCCACUGUCUUUGUCCCCCCGGCUACACAGGCCCCCACUGUUCCAGCCUCUGCCCUCUGGACACAUUCGGGGUCAACUGCUCCCAGAGUUGUUCCUGUGUGCAUGCUCUUGCCUGCUCCCCAAUUGAUGGCACGUGCAACUGCAAGGAAGGAUGGCAGAAAGGCAACUGCUCUGUGCCUUGCCCUGAGGGCACCUGGGGAUUUGGCUGCAAUGCCAGCUGCCAGUGUGCCCAUGGGGCUACCUGUAGUCCACAGACAGGAGCCUGCUCCUGCACCCCUGGCUGGCGUGGUGAUAGAUGCCAGCUUCCCUGCCUGAAGGGGCAGUUUGGACCAGGCUGUGCCAGUCACUGUGAUUGCAAACAUGCAGAUGGCUGUGACCCUAUUCAUGGGCGUUGCCAAUGCCGACCUGGAUGGACAGGACACCGCUGUGACCUUCCAUGCCCUGAGGGCUUCUGGGGACCCCACUGCAAUAACUCCUGUACCUGCAAAAAUGGGGGGACCUGCAUACCUGAGAAUGGGAGCUGCAUCUGUGUGCCUGGCUACCGGGGUCCGUCUUGCCAGAGAACCUGCCAGCCUGGUCGAUAUGGCAAACGCUGCGCACCCUGCAAAUGUGCCAACCACUCUUCCUGCAACCCCAUCGAUGGAAGCUGCUACUGCCAUGCUGGGUGGACUGGCCCCGAUUGUUCCCAGCCAUGCCCAUUGGGGUACUGGGGCAACAACUGUGCCCUUCCCUGCCAAUGCCAGAAUGGUGGGCAUUGCCAACCCCAGGAGGGAAGCUGCAUCUGCCCACCAGGCUGGACUGGACGCCUCUGCUCUGAAGGUUGCCCUCCAGGCAUGUUUGGUGCCAACUGCUCCCAGCUGUGCCAGUGUGGACCUGAGGGACAGUGCCAGGCUGAAACAGGGGCCUGUAUAUGUCCACCGGGACACAGUGGUGCCCCCUGCAAAAUUGGGAACCAGGAUCAACCCUUCACCAUGGUGCCCACAUUGCCAGUGACCUAUGACUCACUGGGUGCAGUGAUUGGCAUUGCAGUGCUGGGGGCUCUGGUCGUGGCACUGGUAGCACUGUUCAUUGGCUACCGACACUGGCAGAAAGGCAAAGCACACCAGCACCUGGCCGUAGCCUACAGCAGUGGGCGUCUGGAUGGCUCCGAAUAUGUCAUCCCAGAUGUCCCGCCAAGCUACAGUCACUAUUACUCCAACCCGAGCUACCACACACUUUCCCAGUGUUCUCCCACUCCCCCACCCCCCAACAAGGUGCCAGGCACUCAGCUCUUUGGCAGCCUCCAGGCCCCAGAACGCCCUAGUGCUUAUGGGCAAGACAGCCAUGCCACACUGCCUGCUGACUGGAAGCAUCACAAGGAGCUCCCCCCUGGGCAUCGGGAAAGGGGGAGAAGCCUAUUGGAUCGUUACAGCUACAGUUCUGGCAAUGGCCUAGGACACCCCUACGCUAAAGGGCCCAUCCCAGAAGAGGGAUUAAGGGCCAGUGUAAGCUCCCUGUGCAGCGAGAACCCCUAUGCCACCAUCCGGGACCUGCCCAGCCUGCUGGGCCCUGCCAGCGAGGGCAGCUACAUGGAAAUGAAAGGUCCUUCGUGUGCUACAGCUGAAGCCCUGGGAGAGCCCAGUCCACCUCGAAGGCAUGUGCCCCAGCCUCGGAAGAGUCAACGAUUUCGAAGCCCUGACCACCAGAGGGACAGUGGCACCUAUGAACAGCCAAACCCGCCAGCCCCUGACUUCGUCGCAGGGGGCACGCUGCCCCCCAUCCCACCAAGUCUUCCCCCAGGCCAUUAUGACUCCCCUAAGAAUAGCCACAUUCCGGGACACUAUGACUUGCCCCCUGUCCGACAUCCCCCCUCGCCCCCGAGACUGCGACAGGAUCGUUGAAGGGAUGGGGGGCAUUCAGAGAUAGCCCCCCUUCCAUGGCCAGGCCCAGAAACUAAGGACCUAACGCGCAGCACACUUUCCCCUCCGUAGCUCUUGGGUUAGCAGGGGGUAAACCGUUCCUGGAGGGAAAAAGUCCGGGGAUGCCCGGUUCUGAAGCCCCUCCCCCAUCCCCUCACCUUAGAGGAAGCCCUCGGAUGGCUGAAAAGGAGCUGGGAGCCAGGAUUCCUGGGUCCCAGGAGUGUGAGGGCAACCACCAUCGACCUUGGGGGACUGGAUGGCAGGACGCCAUGACUAUUCUCUUGCUCUGCUACUGCUCCCCAAGCCCUGGAUUUCCCGGAUGGGGAACCCUGCCCUGUGUCUGUAAAUAAAGUCGUUGGAUUUUUCGUGG